GGACUCGUGUUUGAUUUGAAAAAUAAAAAAAGAGUCUAAAAAGUUGCUUGUUACCCAGCAAUGAUCAACGCCGCAUAUUUACGUUUCAAGUUUAGAUGUCAAUGUUUAUAGCUUAUAUCAUGGUGUUGCCUUCUGACCUUCUAUGUCUUGGAGUCCUGGGAUUUGGGCACAUGACGCAGAGAAUGUAGUAAAGGGAUGUCUAAAUCUCUGGAAUCUUUUGCUGAUACAAGAUUUUCAAGCUUGCAGUCUUCAAUUCACAACAAUAUCAAGUUGAGAAAAGAAAGGCAGCAUUAAGAGUCAGAUUAUAGACAAAUCCGACAUUAAGAGAGAAGAAUGAGACUCAUCUCAGGUUCUGCGGAUGACCGAGACGCCGAAUCACUGUUCCGCGCCAAACCCAUCUCCGAAAUCCGCAAUGUGGAAUCCGCCACCAACAAACAGAUUCAAGACAAGAAGGAGGAGCUCCGGCAGCUGGUUGGCACCCGCUAUCGUGAUCUGAUUGACUCGGCUGACUCCAUCCUCCAAAUGAAAUCGGCAUCCGAAUCUAUUUCCUCCAACAUCUCUUCCAUCCAUCAUUCUAUCCGCUCCCUCUCUAUCUCCGUCUUCGAAGCGCCAUCCCCGAAACUCCAAACCCCCCCUAACCCUACUACUCGCCUCCGCAUCUAUGGGAUCGCCUGCCGCGUCAAGUACUUGGUGGACACGCCGGAGAACAUCUGGGGCUGUCUCGACGAAUCCAUGUUCUUGGAAGCGGCCGCCAGGUAUAUUCGUGCUAAGCACGUCCAUUCUAUCUUGAUGCUGCCUGACGGUGAUUUGGAUCACAACAACAUAUUGUCCAAUUUCCCUCUGCUUCAGCACCAGUGGCAGAUCGUUGAGAGUUUCAAGGCUCAGAUUUCCCAGAGAAGUCGUGAGAGGUUGUUGGAUAGGGGCCUGUCCGUUGCUGCCUAUGCUGAUGCCUUGGCUGCCGUUGCUGUCACUGAUGAUCUGGAUCCUGAGCGGGUUCUGGGAUUGUUUCUUGAAGCCAGAAAGAAUUGGAUAUUGCAUACAUUGACUGCUUCUGCUGGUAAUGGUAAUGCUACCUCUUCUGUUGCCAUUUCGGCUUUUUGUGAUGUUUUAAACAUAAUUCAGGUCACCAUAGGGCAGGUGGGAGAGUUGUUUUUGCAUGUUAUGAAUGACAUGCCUCUCUUUUAUAAGGUUAUUUUGGAUUCUCCCCCUGCUUCUCAGUUAUUUGGUGGGAUCCCAAAUCCGGAUGAAGAGGUCAGGUUGUGGAAAUCUUUUAGGGAUAAAUUAGAAUCUGUCACGGUUAUGCUGCAUAAAACUUUCAUUUCUAGCACUUGUUGGAGGUGGGUGAGGGAUUGCGGAGCACAGAUCAUCAGUAAGAUUAAUGGUAGGUAUCUCAUUGAUACUAUACCUAGUGGCCAAGAACUUAGAACUGCUGAGAAGUUGAUAAGGCUUACAAUGGAAAGCAAGGAGGUUUUGCAGGAGAGUUUGGAAUGGCUUAAAAGUGUUUUUGGGUCUGACAUUGAAUUGCCUUGGAAUAGGAUCCGGGAACUUGUUUUGGAAGGUGAUUUGGAUCUGUGGAAUGAAAUAUUUGAAGAUGCUUUUGUCAGGAGGAUGAAAAUGAUUAUUGACUCAGGAUUUGAGGAUCUGACCAGAGCUGUCAAUGUGUCAGACGCAAUCCACACUAUUGUGGUGACCUCUGGUGAGAAGAUGGAUUUUGAGACAUAUUUGAUUAGGCCUUCUACAGGUGGUGGCGUUUGGUUUGCUGAACCUAAUAACUUAAAGAAGCUUGGUCCACUGUUGGGAAAUAGAGCACUACCUGAGGAAGAUAAUCUCCAAAGUUGUCUCAAUGCCUAUUUUGGCCCUGAAGUGAGUCAAAUUAGAGAUCAAGUGGACAACUGCUGCCAAAGAGUUCUUGAGGAUCUAUUGAGUUUCCUAGAAUCUACCAAUGCAUCUGUGAGAUUGAAGGAUCUAGUUCCAUAUCUGCAGAAUAAAUGUUAUGACUGUGUUUCAGCUAUAUUGAAAGAACUCCAAACUGAACUUGAUAAUUUGUACACUGCGAUUGGAAGUGAACACAAGGAAAGCGAUUCUGUGCCUCCUCCUUUAAUUGUUGAGAGAUCUCUUUUUAUUGGGAGACUCUUGUUUGCAUUUGAGAAUUACUCUAAACACAUUGCUUUGAUUCUUGGCUCUCCACGGUUCUGGGUGAAAUACACAGCUCCUGCAAUUUUUGAGAAGCUCCCUUCCUCGUUGUGGCAAUCUAAAGCUGUCAAUGGUUCUCCUUUCUCUGACAGCCUUGGAAGGCAAAUACUCACUAGUUCCGAGAGGCAAAGUUCAUCAGCUACUGCUGCAUUGCUUGGUGCAAAUGAAAGUGCAAGCCCAAAACUUUACGAUCUUCGUAAGAUUAUGCGGGAGUUGUGUAUUAGAGCUUACAGCUUAUGGAUAUCAUGGCUAUCUGAUGAGCUUUCAGUUAUUCUCUCUCGGGAGCUUGGACAAGAUGAUGGGUUAUCUGCAACAACUCCCUUAAGGGGUUGGGAAGAGAUAAUUGUUAAGCAAGAACAAUCUGGUGAGGGGUCAUCAGAGAUGAAAAUAUCACUCCCGUCUAUGCCGUCUCUCUAUGUGAUAUCCUUCUUAUGUCAAGCAUGUGCAGAAAUUCAUAGAAUCGGAGGCCAUGUUCUUGACAAAUCAAUUGUGCAAAGGUUUGCAUUGAGCCUUAUUGAAAAGGUUAUUUCAAUUUAUAAGAACUUUCUCUCUACUAGAGAAGCCUCUGGAGCUCAAGUGUCAGAGAAAGGAAUUUUACAGGUCUUGUUGGACAUACGGUUUGCUGCUGAUGUUCUUUCUGGGGGUGAUGUCAAUGUAAAUGAAGAGUUAUCUAUAAAACUGAAGUCUAAAUCAGCAUUCAGAAGGAAGCAGGACCACAUUCAGACAAAGUCUGCUGUUAGAGACAGUGUUGAUGGACUUAUCUAUUCUUUUUCACAAAAGUUGGAUCCCAUUGAUUGGCUGACGUAUGAGCCAUACUUAUGGGAGAAUGAGAGGCAGUCAUACCUCCGGCAUGCUGUGCUCUUCGGGUUCUUUGUUCAGCUUAAUCGGAAGUAUACAGACACCAUACAGAAGCUGCCUACUAAUUCCGAGUCGAAUAUUAUGAGAUGUUCUGUGGUUCCUCGUUUCAAAUAUCUUCCAAUCAGUGCUCCAGCAUUGUCUUCUAGAGGGAAUUCUGGGAAACCUAUUACAGCUGCCUCCAAUGAUAUUACUUCAAGAAGUUCCUGGGAAGCUUAUACAAAUGGAGAGCUUUCCCAGAAAGCUGAUUUGGAUGACCACCAGAGUUUUGGUGUUGCAACGCCGUUCUUAAAAUCUUUCAUGCAGGUUGGCAGCAGAUUCGGGGAGAGCACUUUAAAACUGGGAUCGAUAUUAACGGAUGGGCAAGUGGGCAUAUUCAAGGAUAGAUCUGCAGCUGCCAUGUCAACAUUUGGUGACAUCUUACCCGUACAAGCCACAGGACUUCUAUCAUCCUUUACAACCACCAGAUCAGAUCCUUGAUUUCUGCUAUAUUUCCAGAUUUAGGUAGAUGUAUGCUUUACUUUAUAUUGGUGGAGAGGGCUGCCUGAAAUUUCCAACCUCCGCGAUAAAUGAUGGGAAAUAGCAAUAGGAGCAGCCAUCCUGCCCCAUGUGGCACAGCAAGGCAAAGGGUAUAUGUUGAAAGAAACUAGGGCAUUAUCAUGUGAAAUCUAGUCUCCGUUUUUGGUUUCAUUGCCUCUUGUUGCUUUGUCGGGUUCAGUAAUUCCACAUAUCAUGUUUCAAGAAAAGUAAAUAACAUCACAUAUCCUACAAAUGAAUUUUAUGGGCCAACCGGACUGUUAUGCCUAGAUAUGCUUGGUGCAAGCGCUCACUGUUCUAGUUAGCGAUGCCUAUACGAGAACCACAUUACUUAAUAAUUAAAAAGAAAUAGCUUACUAGAGAUGAAGGUUGUGGAUGCAGUGGGGAAUAUUGACUUUCUUAGCUACUGACUUCUGAUAAUUGCUUUCUGUUAUUCUAAAAAAACGUGGUGUUCAGAAACUGAGAGAUGUUGAAACACUAAAAAACCCAAAGUGAGGAAUCGCAUCCUUGCUUCAUCGUCCAUGGUGUAUCCCUUAUGACAAGAUGUGCUUAAAUAUUAAAUAUAAGUAUUAGAUUAGAUUUA